AAAAAGAAAAACCUUAACAAACAUACCUACCCCAUAUAUGAACUAUUCAACUUCUCUCUCUCCAAAACAAAAAGCAAAUAAAUACAAUCCAAAGCCAAUACAAACUCCAUGCACUUCCCCCUCUUUCUCUCUCCAAAAGAAUGACGUCACCUCUCACCUUCUUCCAGCUUCCAUUCCUAAUGGUGUUUUUCCUAUUCCCCCUCUUAAUCUCCCCCGCCGCCGCCGCCGCCACAGCCGCCACCGUCGCCCCAAAACGCCACCCUCAUUUCCAACACAUCAACGUAACAGAGACAAUCGCGUCAACAAGGAUCCAACAACCGUCACAAACAACUUCACAAGAGACAAAAAUCCCAACCGCCGCCGCCAACUCCGGUCAGGACAAAAUUAAGCUCAAUUUACUUCACAGAGAAACUACACCCUUUCUCCAAUUUCAACCCUCCCAUGAUUAUCGUCACCGUUUCUCUGCUCGAAUGCAUAGAGAUGCCACCACCGUUGCAUACCUUACCCGCCGCCUUAAUCAUUCCGACCGAAUGGCGGCGAAAUACGAGGUGGAGGAUCUCGGAGCCGACGUAGUAUCCGGUAUGGAACAGGGGAGUGGAGAAUAUUUCGUUAGAAUUGGAGUCGGAAGUCCGCCUAAAGAUCAAUACAUGGUCAUCGAUUCCGGUAGCGAUAUCGUUUGGGUUCAAUGCCAGCCUUGCCGUCUAUGUUACCGACAAUCUGACCCGGUUUUCGACCCGGCUAGCUCUGCCUCUUUCGCCGGAGUUUCUUGCUCCUCAACCGUCUGCGACCGCUUACAAAACACCGGCUGCCACUCUGGCCGGUGUAGGUACGAGGUUCAGUACGGAGAUGGGUCCUACACAAAAGGGACUCUAGCAAUCGAAACUCUCACCUUCGGGGAUGUCACGGUUCAGAACGUGGCCAUCGGGUGCGGUCAUACGAACCGGGGAUUGUUCGUGGGUGCUUCCGGGUUAUUGGGUCUAGGAGGUGGAUCGAUGUCGUUCAUCGGACAAAUGGGUGGACAAACAGGGGGAGCGUUUAGUUAUUGCCUGGUUAGUCGGGGCAAUACUGGAUCCACCGGGUCGUUGGAAUUCGGUCGUGGAUCUUUACCGGUUGGAGCUGCGUGGGUUCCGCUUCUCCGAAACUCUCAUGCCCCGAGUUUUUACUAUAUCGGGUUGUCGGGUCUAGGGGUCGGGUCGGUUAGGGUACCCAUACCGGAAGAUUCCUUUAAACUAACGGAGUCGGGUCUUGGUGGGGUGGUUAUGGAUACGGGUACGGCUGUUACUAGGCUUCCGUUAAGGGCUUAUGUGGCGUUUAGGGACGCGUUCGUGUCUCAGACGCAGAAUCUGCCGCGGUUAUCCUCGGGGGUGUCGAUAUUCGACACGUGUUACGAUUUGAAAGAGUUUGUCACGGUUCGGGUCCCAACCGUGUCGUUUUACUUCACGGGCGGAGCGAUUUUGACCCUACCCGCCCGGAAUUUCUUAAUUCCGGUGGAUGGAUGGGGCACAUUUUGCUUUGCGUUCGCUCCGUCUUCGUCGGAAUUAUCGAUUAUCGGGAAUAUUCAACAAGAGGGGAUCCAGAUAUCGGUUGAUGGAGCGAAUGGAUUUGUUGGAUUCGGGCCAAACGUUUGUUGAUUAUUUAUUUAUUUUCAAAAAAGUAAUAGUUAAUUAAUAAGGUAUGAUGAGAGCAUGCAGCGGCUAAAUAAGUGUGAUUUGUUGUGUAGUUGUGAUUGUAUAUAAUGAAGUGGAGCAAAUCACUUUGUAUAAUAUGUAUGAAGCAAUACUAGUGGACAUUAUUGUUAAUGCUAAACUUUCACCAUUAAAGUA